AUGACAGCCGAGAGCCGACUGCCGCCGGGGCCCCCGCCGGGGCCCCCGCCGCUGAAGGCGGACGCGGUGCCGCCCGGAGAGGAGGCGGCGGCGGCGGCGGCGGGGGCGCGGGGCGGGCGGCGGCGCCGCAAGCGUCCGGCGGAGCGGGGCAAGCCGCCGUACAGCUACAUCGCCCUCAUCGCCAUGGCCAUCGGGCAGGCGCCCGAGCGGCGACUGACGCUCGGCGGCAUCUACCGCUUCAUCACCGAGCGCUUCCCCUUCUACCGUGACAGCUCCCGCAAGUGGCAGAACAGCAUCCGUCACAACCUCACCCUCAAUGACUGCUUUGUCAAGGUGCCACGGGAGCCCGGCCGCCCCGGCAAGGGCAACUACUGGACGCUGGACCCUCACGCCCGCGACAUGUUCGAGAGCGGGUCCUUCCUCCGCCGCAGAAAGCGUUUCAAGCGCAGCGACCUCUCCACCUACCCGGCCUUCCUCGCCGACCGUCCCGCCGCUCCGUGCCGCCUGCUCCCGCCGCCCCCCGCCGACCUGCCCCCGGCACCCGCUGCCGCCUCCUGCGCCUUCGCCACCGCCUUCCCCUCGCAGGGCUGCGCCUCCGCCGCCCUGCCCCACGCCUACGCCCCGCUGCCCACCGCUCCCGGGCCCUACGCGCCCGGGGGCCACGGGUCGCUGUACGCUCCGUCGGGGCGCAUCGUGCUGCCCGCCUCUUCGCCCGGCUCCCCUGCGCUCUACGGCCGCCGCUCCCCCGCACCCUACCCGCCGCUGCCCCACGCCUUCGACUCCGGAGGGCAUCUGAGUGCCGCCGAGCCCGCACCGCGGCACGGCACCUACCCUGGAGCCCCCGACAGGUUCCCGGCGCUCUGA